GAACCAUCCAUAUACUGUUGUUGUCUCCGCUUAGUUAGCUUGCAUGAAAUAUCAAUCUAGAAACCUCGAAUAACGACGACGUAGCUACUAUCUUGAAGAUUGAAUGUUCAACAUGGGUUACAAUAAAUUCAGAGUCAACGCUACUCGGAAGAUGUCAAAGACGUUAGCCUUGACCGUUCUAGCUUGUUUGUCGUUCUGCAUCAGUGUUUGCAGGGCAGAGGAUAGUGCCAUGGAGAACAUCGUAACAGAGAGGAAGGUUGAAGAUAACCACAGACAAGACAGUGCCGACCUGCUGAUUUUCAUCAUGCUCCUAACCCUCACGAUUUUAACAAUAUGGUUAUUCAAGCACCGUCGUUUCAGGUUUUUGCAUGAAACAGGACUAGCUAUGAUCUAUGGUGAGUAUGGGUGAGAGGCCCAUGUCAGGAGACUGCAUGAUGUCAUUGAUAUUGUUAUUACUCAUCGUCAUACUGUUUAUGUAGCUAGCUAUACAGGUGUAGCUAGCUAUACAGGUAAUUGCAUGUUUAUGUAGCAUUUCUACUGUACCUGUAGACUUCCAGUCAUUGCGCUAACGUUAGUUAGCAUUGGCUCGCGAAACUACCGCUAACUUCCUUCAUACUGCACGCAGAGACAUAAAAAAAAUGGUAUCCACGAGUUCAUCUGACUCUGGGUAAGUAGAACAAGGACUAAAUUAAAUGAUUACAGAAUCUCACAGUAUCCCUUUAACAUUACCUGGAAAUCUGCUGACAGUGUUGUCAUUCCUAUAGGGAUGCUGUAGAGACAACAUAAGGCCAAGGCCUAUGUGAGGCAUAGAAUGACUGUAUCACUAUGUUAUACUGAACAACAAUAUAAAUGCAACAAUGUCAAAGAUUUGACUGAGUUACGGUUCAUAGAAGGAAAUCGGUCAAUUUAAAUCAAUUCAUUAGGCCCUAAUCUAUGGAUUUCACAUGACUGGGAAUAAAGAUAUCUGUUGGUCACAGAUACCUUAAAAAAAGAAAAGGGUAGAGGCAUGGAUCAGAAAACCAGUCAGUAUCUUGUGUGACCACCAUUUGCCUCAUGCAGCGUGACACAUCCUGUUCGCGUAGAGUUGAUCAGGCUGUUGAUUGUGGCCUGUGGAAUGUUGUCCCACUCAUCUUCAAUGGCUGUGCGAAGUUGUUGGAUAUUGGCGUGAACUGGAACACGCUGUCGUACACGUCGAUCCAGAGCAACCCAAACAUUCUCAAUGGGUGGCAUGUCUGGUGAUUAUGCAGGCCAUGAAAGAACUGGGACAUGUUCAGCUUCCAGGAAUUGUGUACAGAUCCUUGCGACAUGUGGCCAGGCAUUAUCAUGCUGAAACAUAAGGUGAUGGCGGCGAAUGAAUGGCACGACAAUGGGCCUCAGGAUCUCGUCAUGGUAUCUCUGUGCAUUCAAAUUGCCAUCGAUAAAAUGCAAUUGUGUUCGUUGUCCAUAGCUUAUGCCUGCUCAUACCAUAACCACACCGCCUCCAUGGGGCACUCUGUUCACAACGUUGACAUCAGCAAACCUCUUGCCCACACGACGCCAUACACUUGUCUGCCAUCUGCCCGGUACAGUUGAAACCGGGAUUCAUCCGUGAAGAGCACACUUCUCCAGCAUGCCAGUGGCCACGAAUGUGAGCUUUUGCCCACUGAAUUCGGUUAUGACGCCGAACUGCAGUCAGGUCAAGACCCUGAUGAGGACGACGAGCACGCAGAUGAGCUUUCCUAAGACUGUUUCACACAGUUUACGCAGAAAUUCUUCAAUUGUGUAAACCCACAGUUUCAUCAGCUUUCCGGGUGGAUGGUUUCAGAUGAUCCCACAGGUGAAGAAGCCGGUUGUGGAGGUUCUGGGCUGGUGUGGUUACACGUGGUCUGCGGUUGUGAGGCCAGUUGGAUGUACUGCCAAAUUCUCUAAAAUGACAUUGGAGGCGGCUUAUGGUAGAGGAAUGAACAUUCAAUUCUCUGGCAACAGCCCUGGAGACAUUCCUGCAGUCAGCAUGCCAAUUUGAGACAUCUGUGGCAUGGUGUUGUGUGACACAAUUGCACAAUUUUAUUGUCCCCAGCACAAGGUGCACCUGUGUAAUGAUCAUGCUUUUUAAUCAGCAUCUUGAUAUGCCACACCUGUCAGGUGGAUUGAUUAUCUUGGCAAAGGAGAAAUGCUCACUAACAGGGAUGUAAACAAAUUUGUGCACAACAUUUGAGAGAAAUAAGCUUUUUGUGCGUAUGGAAAAUUUCUGGGAUCUUUUAUUUCAGACUUUACCUGUUGCGUUUAUAUUUUUGUUCAGUGUAGAUCUCUGCUUUUGGUGUUGGGAAACAAUAUUCAUGUCUUAUCAGUUAUGCGACUGUGUGCAUGCACUAAACCCAUACCGUUCUGUAUCAUACACCCAGGAAGGUCCAACUUGCUUCAUAGUAUUUUACUGUAGUUUAGUAUAGUGCUCUCUACUACACUCCAUGCACUUCACUGAAGCCUGUUUCCUGGUUAUUUAUUUACAAUUCAUAAGGUGCUGCUGUACCAGCUUGAAGGGCAGAGAGGACAACUGUGGACCCAGUUAGCAGGGGUUGCCUUGUGGCAUGUAUAUUAUUAUUAUUAUUAUUAUUAUUAUGUACUGAAGGGGCUUUCAUAGGUGCAAUUCAGUGUUUGUUCACCCAAUUUCAUUCCCUCUGUUCCCACUCUCUCCCUCCAGGUGUGCUGGUUGGGGUGGUCCUGCGCUAUGGUAUCCACGUACCCCGUGACAUUAGUAACGUCACCCUCAGUUGCCAUGUCAACGCCAGCCCGCCCACACUGCUCGUCAACGUCAGUGGCAAGUUCUACGAGUACAGUCUGAAGGGCGAGAUCAGCGCCUCUGAGAUCAAUGACGUACAGGACAACGAGAUGCUUCGCAAGGUAAAGUCCCAAACAGAUGUGGUCCUUGUUAAUGUGAUGUACAUAAAUGGUUUGACUGACCAUAACAGUGGAUGCUUACAGAUGGCAUGGUUGUUGUCUGAAAGUGUUUCUUUAUAUCUGAAGUGCUAUUUGGGAGGCUUAGCACAAAUCAGGCAAGUUGGUUGCCUUUGUUGACAUAUUUCAUUCUCUAUCUUUCCUGAGCCAUUUUCCACACUUACUCACUGUCUCAGACACAGACACGCACUCAUGAGACUGUAUCAAACUCAGUGCGUAACGUAUGUAAUCAGUCAUGUCCUGUGGUAGCCUACAGAGCACUAUUCAGCUCUGUUCUAUGCAAACGUUGUACCACCUGAUCAGAGAAAAAAAAACUUUCCUUGAUUCCAUUUAGGAUUUAGAGUUGAUGCCAACCUAAAGAGGCUUGAUCAGAACUAGGCCUAACCGUAGGACAUUAGAUUAACAAACAUAGCAACUAGCGCUAUUUUCAUCCAUCAACACAAUUGAAAAGGGAUUUAGGACCCUCGUUAGUUAUUAUUACAGGUAGUUAUAAUUAGGUUCUAACUAAUAAUAACAGGUUUUAUUAGUUGGAGUCCUCCAUAGUCAGUGGGACACUACAGUUCAGUCAUGUAAUACAAUCCCUCUGGUGUUUUUCCUCUUUUCUAUAGGUGACCUUUGACCCCGAAGUGUUCUUUAACAUCCUCCUGCCCCCCAUCAUCUUCCAUGCCGGCUACAGUCUGAAGAGGGUAAGACAUGUAGUUAGUUGUUUAAAGAUGCACUAUGCAGAAAUCGCUCCACCAUUUCCUGGUUGUUAAAAUCCUAAUAGUUAGCCUAAUUUCAGUUUGUGACUAAACAAGCAAGUAUAGUGUAGAUAAUCAUUGUACCAUCUAAACCCCUGUGAAAUAUAUUUUCCAUAACCACAUAUAUUGUAUUUUCAGCUGUUUGAAGCUUGUGUACAAAACCGAAAGGAAAAGAUGCAAAAACGAAACUUAAAUACAGGAAGCAUAGAAAUAGUGCACAUAGAACAGAUCUACCGCUUCUUAGACUUGCUUUCAAUGAGAAUGACAGAUCUAUAACACACAUUUCUAUGUGAAUUUGGUCGGGUCGCCCAAAAAGUUACAUAUUGCAGCUUUAAACAAUAGUUACAUCACAGUGUUGAUUUGUUCUUGGGUAAUAUUUAGGCCAAAUCCUUCAUGUAACUCUAUCUCCCAGAGGCACUUCUUCAGGAACAUGGGGUCCAUCCUGGCUUACGCCUUUCUGGGGACAGUCAUAUCAUGUUUCAUCAUUGGGUGAGUUUAUACCCUGUAUUAUACAUGUAUGCAUUACAUCUAUGUGUGUUUAUUCACCUUUAGUUCUUUGUGUGACCUGUCAGAGAAAUGCUCAGCUGAAGUAAUAUGAUCUGUACCUCUGUACAGGUUGUUGAUGUACGGCUGUGUCACGCUGAUGAAGCAGGUGGGACAGCUUGAGGGGGACUUCUUCUUCACUGACUGUCUGUUGUUUGGAGCCAUUGUCUCUGCUACUGACCCCGGUACGGACCCCGUUCGCCUCAGUCACCUCUUUAGUACACUACAUAAUGGGUCACGCUGUAAUGGUUAACCGCUCGCUUCAGUAGUAACUGCACACAUUGUCAUUCAAAGGGGGUUUUCCUGAUUCACAAAUCUGCAAAUACAUGCACUGCCGCUAAUUAUUUCAGUGAUUGGAGUAAUGUGAGUUGUGGAAUAUAGCAUACACUGAUGUUGUACUAAAUGUUAUGACUGCACACACCACCAACACUUUCUAACCCAUAUGGCUCAAUUUGCAGGUUCAUUCUAGUAGAAUGUUGCCAGUCUUACAUUCUAGGAUGCAGUCUUGUGGGUCCAUCUGCAUGUCAUUGUGCCAUUCUGAAGACAGUCUAAAGUGGGUUACUGUGUCUCCUGGCCUGCAGUGACGGUGCUGGCCAUUUUCAACGAGCUGCAGGUGGACGUGGAUCUGUACGUUCUGCUGUUUGGAGAGAGCGUUCUCAACGACGCUGUGGCCGUGGUGCUGUCCUCGUGAGUCCUCCGUUUUAACCUGACCCACCUGUCUACCGUCUGUCUGUACACACUCACAUUGUGAAGUUUUGUCUUUGCGAUCCAUUGUUGUGAAGCUUUGGCUGACAAACCUCAUCUUAUCUUCUAACAGAUGUGCUUUGGAACUGUUUUUUAAAUAAUUUAGGCAGGAUAAGGGGGCGUUUGGCCAACACACCCACACAGGCUCAUAGACAUGCACACACAGACACCCUCAAACAACUUUUUGGUAUUGAUUGUCCUGUGUGUGACCUGGCACUAAACCAAUAACAAGCCUAUUAUUAAUACUGUAGAAUGUGUGAGACUGACCCUUUGGUAACCCUAACCACUACCUUCCCUCUGCCGGGAACGCUUUGAUUAUUUCAGAAUUCGAAUGUGUUAUGGUUGGCACGCCCCUGGAGCCAAUCACCCAAUCAGUGGGUAGAGGGCGUGGCAGCGAUGCGAGACACUCCCCUGAACGGGUGUGCUAGCUCAGAGUGCUUUUGCAGUGGCUUCUUUUUGCAUCGUCAGAACAUGCACAGCAAAUGACCAGCCAUUACACCCCAGAUAGCACAUAUGAACCACAGCACAAGUACAACCCGCAAAGGGAUAGUUCACUCAAAUCAAAGUUUGUCAGGUGUUUGCAUAACCUACAAAUGGAGUAUUGAGCCCAUAUUAAAUCCAGAGGUAUGCAUUAGGGAAGAUUAUGGGGCACCAAUUCAAACUACAACCCGGUUCUGGUGGUGUGGAAUCCUGGUGAUUUGCUGUUUGGGUGAUAGGAGUUUGUUGUUACGUCCAGUGGAAGAUGCCGAGGGUAGGACGGCUCAUAAUAAUGGCUGUAAUGGAGUCAAUGGAAUGGUAUCAAACACCUCAAACAAGUGGUUUCCAUGUGGUUGAUGCCAUUCCAGCCAUUAUUAUGAGCCGUCCUCCCCUCAGCAGCCCCCACUGGUUACGUCCCUAAUUUGCAUGGUCCUGCUGCUCGGCUCUAACCCCUAUACCCCUCCUCCCUUAUUCUUCCCUGUCAAACUGUUCUCUCACUGCUCUAACCCCUAUACCCCUCCUCCCUUAUUCUUCCCUGUCAAACUGCUCUCUCACUGCUCUAACCCCUAUACCCCUCCUCCCUUAUUCUUCCCUGUCAAACUGCUCUCUCACUUACUGCUUUUUCUCUCCACCAUGUUGGACUUGUAAUGUAGUUGUUAUGCAUAGAGAAUUGUUACAGGAAAUAGUACGAAAACUAAUACCCCUCGUAUUUGAUACGUUUUACAUGGAUUUAUUUUGCUGCCUCAUGAGCCAGAAUUGUAUAAAGAAUUUGGAUUUAUUGGAAUUUGGAUUUUGCCAUGUUAUCUAACAUCACAAAUUCCAAGCUUCAGCUAAUCUUUCACGAGUGGUUCCCCAUAUUUACGAGUUUAAAAAUCUAGGCCUAAUAGUUCCUCCAGUUUGAAUUGAAUGGAAAGCUGUUGAAGUGUUUCUGCCAAAGUUCUUAAGGAUAGAUACCUGAAGAUGUAUCUAACUUGGUAGCUAGAAUACCUGAAGAUGUAUCUAACUUGGUAGCAAGAAUUCCCAUAGAACCCUCUAGUGUAGAACAUUGCUACUAAGAGAAUGGUAUCAUUUCACGUACAGUACCUACUAGCAGAUGUCCAUACACAAAUAUUUACACAUUGUAGUACAAUCUCAUCAUUUCUUAAUGAUUUCCAUAGGAAGCUAUGAAAGCGAGCCACAAAGUAUUUGCCUAAGAGAUCCAGCUGCACUUCAAACAGACCGGGCAUGCAAACGGUAGUACUAUUACUAUACAGUGUAGUCUUGGGCCACUAGGAUCAUUCUGAUUAUCAGUUAUGGGCACCAGUAGGAUUAAGGCCUCCCCUGGUCUGUAGGAAUAUACCAUACCUUGGUUCUGAUAUCAAUGGGUUACAGACUAUUCAAGACUUUCAACCUUCUCAGGAUGGAAGCACAUUGUAAAGCAGCUCUCUAGUUCUGUAAUUGUACCUAUUAUCAAUGUUUUCUUCAAGUAUUCUGCAAGCAAAGCACAUUAAUUUCUAGUCCCCAGAAAUGCUACAGUACAUACCGGUAUUUCAUUUCCAUUUCCAGCCUUAUAACCCUUCAUCCAUCCACAUAGGCCGCCUGAACUAUUCUAUUAUGUUGCGCCUUUUCUGAUAUUGACUGUGUGUGUUUAUGUACCAGGUCUAUCGUGGCGUACCAGCCGGAGGGGGACAACAGUCACACCUUUGAGGUGAUGGCCAUGUUGAAGUCCUUCGGGGUGUUCCUGGGUGUCUUCAGUGGAUCCUUCGCCCUGGGGGUGGCCACCGGGGUCAUGACAGCAUUCAUAUCCUUUACUCAGUGAUAUACUUCCUG